AUGGGUUGCCGAGUUGUUGAAAGUUUUAUAGACUUUAUCACUACGACCAAUAAAACCGGGCUUGGACUCUCUAAAGUCAUCCAGGAGAAGCUGGAAAUGGAUGGAUUGGACUUGAUGGAUUGCAGAGGACAAGGCUACGAAAAUGGAGCAAACAUGGCGGGCAUCUAUUCUGGAGUCCAAGCAAGAAUUUUGGAAAUAAAUGACAAGGCAAAAUUUUUACCAUGUGCGGCACAUAGCCUGAACUUGGUGGGGGUUAAUGCAGCGGAGAUAGUACCUCCCGCAAAGCUGAUUCUUCGCGACGUCCAAAAUAUUUACUUAUUUUUUUCCGGAUCAACAUCAAGAUGGGAUGUUCUUCAAUCUAAAGUCAAGCUAACCCUGAAAUAUCAAAGUAACACAAGAUGGUCAUCAAAAACCGCCGCCGUCUCUGCAUUAUAUGACCAGUACCCAGAAAUCGUUGACGCCCUUACCGAAAUUUCAACCUCAGAGUCUUUCACUUCGGAUGUGAAUGCCAAUGCCCUUAGCAGAUUGCGGGACAUGCUAAACUAUAAAUUUUUACUUGGAAUCACUAUUUGGAACCAUAUUUUGUUCCAAAUAAACAUCUGUAAUCUCAACCUGCAAGAUAAAACAAUUGAUGUGAGUAUAGCCAAGAAGAAAUUAAAUGUCCUCAAAACUCGGUUGGAGAAUUUCAAGGAAACCGGAUUUCAGUCAUCCGAAGUCUUGGCGCAACAAAUUGCCGAAAACAUGGGAAUAGAGAUGUCAAGUGGAUUUGAAAAUAUUCGUCAGGGAAGAGGGAUAAAUCCACGUUAUAUGGACCGUUCGGAUGCUCUGGUUGCGCAAAAGCAAACCAACUAUGAACGAUUUGAAGCCGAUUUUUUUGACAAAUUAAUGGAGAAGCUCAUUUCCGAAAUCUCCCGCAGAUUCGACGCCUUUAAGAAGUGCACGGAGACUUUUGAAUUUUUGUGGGGUCACAACCUUAAAGAGAUGGAAAUUCAAGAGAAACAAAAAUGCAUGCAGGAUUUGUGUCAUGAAUAUCCUUCCGAUUUUUCCGGUCCUACAUUUUUAAAUGAAGUUCAGAGUCUGGAGACCACCAUAUCUGCAUUUAACGAAACUGGCAGAGACCUUCCUCAAUUGGGACCCAUGGAUGUCCUUAACAUUCUUUACGCCAAUGGCUUAGCGUCUGCCUACCCAAACUGCGAGACAGCACUUAGGAUAUUUCUGACUCUGCCCGUCUCUGUUGCGUCAAAUGAGAGGUCGUUUUCGAAGAUGAAAAUAGUCAAGAAUUACCUAAGGUCGACAAUGGGUCAGGAGAGGCUUAACGCCCUUGCGUUAAUUUCUAUUGGAAGAGAGGUUGCAGAUGAUAUUGACUUCGAUGAGGUGAUUAAUGAUUUCGCCUCCCAAAAAUGUCGCAAAAUUAAGAUUGUAUAA